GUCGUGAAAGCCGAACGACGGUGGUCGGAUGUGUCGUGUUUCAGUUCGGUCAGCGACGUACUGCACGAAGCAGUUUGGGAGCAUCUCCUCUGUGCUUUCUUCCAUUCGCUUUCACUAUCAUCCUUCUCUCUUACACUUUCGUAUCUCGUGCUGCAGUGUAUUAUAUAUAAAUAUAUAUAUAUUUGAGUAUAUAUAUAUACUUAUAUCUACGCUGUUACAGGCGGCCGAGCACGAUAGACUUUGUGUCUCGCAUGUGUUUUGUAUGUAUAUAUACGCGUAUAGGUGAUUCGUCUUUUUCUUACACAUUUUCACAUACACAUACCACACAUACACUGAAUGUACCAUUCUCUCGGAGAGUACAUCGCGUUUUCUCUCUUUUCAACGAGAAAAAAUCCUAAUUUUUUUGUCUCGAGUAUACCGAAUAAUAUGUGCAGUUUUUAGUGCUAAAUGAUUAGAGAAAAAAGAAGACAAAGAUAAUAGAGAACAAAAAAAAGGAAAGUAGAUGGGAUAUGGUGGAAGUUUAUUGAGGUUCCUUCUUCACAAACGCACGCCGUUUUGACAGCAACAGACACAGAAGCAGAAACAGGGCAACGGCCCAGACGGUUUCCUAGCGUCUCUUCACUUGGAUUCUCUUCUUCCCCCUUUCUCAUCCUGUCGGUCGAAGCUCCCUCAUCGUUUCUUCUGUCUCUGUUUUUCUUACCAAACAUUUACGAGCAAAAGAAAAGACCAAAAGCACGCCUCCUCUAACACAACCACCACCACCAUCAUCACCAACCACCACCACCACCAGCAAAAGCAACAUUUUUCUCAAGAUUUGAACAGGAAUUCAUAUUUUCCAACGCAUUGGGGUCUUUCAAAGGCAGGAAGUGAAAUCAACAGCCAACGAAUUGACGACGACGACGACGACGACAACGACGACAACUUUGAAGUUACGAACGAGGAAUCAACAGGAAGAUGUCUCGUGUUCAUCAUUGUUUACUCUGGAUCGUUAAUGCUUAUCAUAAAGCCUAAUUCUUUCGCACACACGACAAACUCGGCGGCCAUUGGCUACCAUUUAUGAAUGGAUCUUGGAGAUUUAGAAAGAUGGUGGCAGGAUUCAGGAAUCGCCAUUUGGAGUUUUGUACUCUUUGGCUGUUUCCUUCUCAAUGUGAUCCUCUUCCUCGCCUUUCUUAUACGACCCGGAUUGAGAACGAUUUCGAACAGAUUCGUGAUGAAUUUGACUGUCUCGAACCUGUUAAUUUGCGGGCUGUUGAAUCUACUUUUGAUAAUGGAUGCAUCGCCAACAUCGGAACCGGACUCGUCAGUGUUCUCAGCGGAAAAAAUAUGCGCGAUGUCGGAAGGUGCAACAGCAUUAAUGACAACGUCAUCGGUGUUAUCGGUUUUCCUGAUAGCAAUAGACCAAUAUUUCGCGGUUGUGGAUCCUUUGAGGUAUCGGGCAAAAGUCGACAAAGUGAAAUCCGAAAUAUUGAUAUGUUCAGUUUGGUUAAUCUCAUCGAUGUUUGCAAUUAUGGCGUUCCUAAAUCCAAAUCCCCGUAGCCUUUGGUUGUCUUGCAAUUUGCGAUCUGUGCCAGCUACUACCGAUUUUACGUUUAACAAUUCGUCCACGGAUGUGCAAAGCAAUUUAAGCGUUGCCAUGAUCGAAAACAAUACCAUUACCACCGCCAUUACCGAUAUCGAAACGGAAUGGAUCGAAUACGGCGACGAUAAUAUUUCAAACGAAAUGCCAAUGACUUAUGGUAUGAUUUAUGCAAUUCUGCACAGUUUAACCGCAUACCUAUUACCGUUUGCGUGUGUCUGUUGGAUAUAUGUGAAAAUUUAUUCGGCCGCGCAUAGGAAUUCGGAAAGAACGAGAAGGACUGGUUCUAGACCUAUAUUAUCAUCGGCUAGUUUUUGCGAAGAUUCCAAAUCCCAACAGCAGUUACAACAACAACAACAACAGCAGCAGCAUCAUCAUCAUCUACAACAACAACAGCAUCAGCAAAUGGAUAAUUUGUUGGAUGAUUACAGAAGGAUACCAAAAAUUUCGAGUCUCUCGUCGAUCGACGAAACCAGCGAGACGACCCAACCAGCGGCAGGAAGUCAAAUACCUCGUGGACGUUCUUUUUCAUCGGUUUCAGAAAUUCAUUCAUUAAAUGUUUCUCCAUCAUCACCAACCAACAACGAGGAUUCCUCGUCUGGCGGUGGUGGUGGUGGUGGUGUUGUCUUUACCGUGGGUGGUAUGGAUGCUGAUGAAUGUUCGCAUAUUGAAGAAAACGAGACAAAUAAAUCCAACGGACAUAUCAAUUCUAUUCUUCCUGCUAUAUCGAUAGAAAAAAUUGAUCUUACGGAUAAUGAAGAACCAAGACUGUAUUCCGAUCAUACCAAGUAUGAUCAUCUCGUUAAGAAUCAUUAUUUGGAUCGACCAGAAGAUAUGAGACAAAAAUCUCCGCAUAAUCUCAUGUACGAUCAAAUGUUAAUUCGCGAAAGUAAAAGAGGUUCUUGGUUGAACAACGACAAUGUAAUAACCGAUUCGAGAAAUUCCGAUACCGAAGAGGACGUAACUUCGGAAUGUUUUCGUUCGACUAACGUCGAAGACGAUUCGGUUUUUAACGAACAAAAAUCUACGUAUCUUUCACCGUAUUCCGCCUACGAGAAGACUAUUGUUAAUCGUAACGAACAAAAUGACGACGCAGAAAUAAAUGGUAUUUAUGUUGCACCAAGUUCGAGAAUAAACGAUAGAUUAAUUCGUACCAAAGAACGUAGAAAUGUCGUUAGGGAGUCUGAGGUAAAUGAAUUCGAACGGUUGAAAAAUGAAAAACAUUACAAUGAAGGAGGAGGAGGAGGAAGAGUAAUAUCGGAUUGUGAUUUAACCGAGGUGAUAGUAGAUGGUAGCUGUGAAGUAUACGAUGUAGAGAAUACUACUGGAAGGUCUAGAGAAAUAGUAGUUAACGGUAGCAACAAUAAUGAAACGUCGGCUUGUCUUUUGACACCUAUCGUCACGAUUACUCCAGCACCUAACAAGAACACUUUGCAUCGUGUUUCCAGUGUUAGAAGUACUUCCAGUUAUAUAAAUUCACUCAAAUACAGGAUAAGUAAUGGUUCGUUGUUCAGGUAUAGAGAAGAGACCAGAGCUGCUAGGAUAAGCGCAUUAGUUAUAGUCAUGGGUUUGAUUUGUUGGUCUCCGUAUGAGAUAUUAUUACUUUUGAAAAAUCUUCCACCUUACAAUAAUUAUAAAAUCGCUCACGAGUACGACGUUACCGUAUUGUGUUUUCUUGUAUUGGCCGCUUACGUCAGCCCAUUGCUGUUUGGUUAUCGUUCUAAACGUGUCAAAAGAGAAUUGAGAAAAUUUUUCUGUUUCAAGAAAGAACUUUCUUAUAAAAAUAAUAGAAGCCUAAUGGCUAAAAAGGUUCUCAAGAGACGUCACAGUAACACUUUUAGUCAUCUUGAAUUGGACAAUCGUUACAACAUAUUCAAUUGCGUUUACGGUAGGAAUCGUUGGCCUAAAGAAAAGGUCCAAUUCGUUCAGGUGCCGGAUACCGCAUUAGCGGUGGAAACCUGUAGAAGUAGUUUUUCUAGUGGCGCGAGUACGCAAAUUUCUACCACAUCCACCGACGAUUGUUGAUAAGAAAAUACAUAUGUAUCGUUCAAAUUGUCUCGAUCGUGUUCGAUUGAUUCAUUGUGUUCCUUGGGAAAACUCGUUUUAAUUGAUCAAUCUUCCUCAGAUCAAUUCGAGUUUCAAUUUCCUUUUUCGAAUACGAUCGACUAUUAUAGAUUGUACGUAUGUGUGUGUGUGUGUGUGUGCGCGUGGUAUAUCGAGUAAACUAAAUGUAUGAAUUACGGAAUAUAGCGGAAAUAUACGAAUUGUCGUCAUAAUCCAUAGGAGGUAAUCUUUGUUUACCAAUGUUUAGAUAAGUUGAGUCAUUUUAAUGGAAAUUUUACAUAUAUUUCUUCUUCUUCUUCUUCGCGGGAGAGAAAUAAUGUGAAGGAAAAAAAAAAUAAUAUUAGAAUUAUCACUUCUUAUCGUCACAUUUUUUACUUAAUAAACGAUUAAAAUAUCCUAAAGUAUUCCAUUUAAAAUGACUUAUCUUAUAUACGUAUAUACACAUGCACACACAUAUAUAUAUAUAUAUACUUACUCGUUCUGGUCAAAAUGUAUUUAUUAUUCAUUUUUCUUCAUCUUCUUCCAUAGAACCUCAACUUAAAACUUAAGUCCAAAAUGAAUGAUCGUGUGUCCUAUGGUAUAUUUAUAUGUAUGCAGUCUGUCUGUCUGUCUGUCUGUCUAUAAUAUGUCUCUUUAUAAGUCUUAUUACAAGUACAACAAAUAAAAGUCUCGUUGCGUAUUAUUGACCAAUGGUCAGUAAUCAUAAAAAUAUGGACGACUUAGAAGAAAAAAAAAAUAAUAUAAUACAUUUAAUCGAAUACAUGCGUAUUGAUUGUUCACAUUGUGAAGCAAGCUUUGUAUAAACAUUAUUUAUAUAAACUGGUAUUUUAAAAACCAGAGAUAGGUGGAUGCAAACUUCGAAGGGAUCCGAGACCAAAUUUAAUUUCUUAUUAUUUUUAAACCUGACUGCUUAUAAAGAUGAUGGAAUUUUUAUCAUUAUCUUUAUAGCAUUCAUUUUGUUUGAUGGCGUCUAAAAAUAUUGACAAAUUUAUUCUCGCCGAGUUUGUUCGUCUGAUUUUCGUUCGACAAUGCGCACUUGACUAAUAAUCUUACGUAUAAUCUUCUAUUUUUUUUUCUUUUUUUUCUUAAGAGGUUAAGAGAAGACGAGACGAAACAAAACUUUAUCAUAAAAGUAUUCUGCGUAAAGACGAUAGAGAGAGUCGUACCGCUAGUAUUACAAUUUCUUUCUCGUGUUGCACAGCUGCUAUAAAACAAUCGUAAUUGUAAUUGCAACUCGAGAAACUAACACGUGGCUUAUAUUUUUUUCUUUAUUAUCUUACGCUUAUUCACGAAAAUGUUUAUAUGAAACGUUUAUGCGGAUUAACUAAUCUGUUACUAUUAUUUUAUUAUAAUUAUUUAAUAAUAUAGAUAAGCAUUUUUUCUAUACGUGCAUGAUGCGUUGUGUAAUAUUAAAAUUGCAAAUAUUUGUUGGUUAUGCGCGUGCGCGACAAUUUGAUUUUUUUUUUUUCGAAUAAUAAAAAAUGGCGACGUUGAUUGCGCCAUAUUGAAAUCAAAAUAUUUGAGAAACUUUAUAAUUCGAUAUAUAACGUUGAUAAUAUUGAAAACAAUUC